CUGUAACUACCAUACGCUGGUACGCAACCACCGAACCCUAAAAUCCUUUGUUUUCCCUCGCUUUUUUCUCGACUUUCCUGCUAUCCAAGCGCUCAUUUUGGGAGAACAUGUGGAACUGGAACCUGCCGUACCGGAAGGAUGUGGAGGCGGGAGCCCGGCCUCUGUAUCCGACGAUGCUGGAGAGUCCUGAACUUCGCUGGGCCUUCAUUCGCAAAGUUUACUCCAUCAUAACUCUGCAAUUGCUGGUCACUAUUGUGGUGGCCGCCACGGUGGUUUCCGUCCAUCCUAUUGCGCACUUCUUUGUCAGUACAGGAGUUGGCCUUGCUCUCUACAUUGUUCUCAUCAUUAUGCCAUUUCUCACGUUGUGUCCGUUGUAUUACUAUCACCAGAAACAUCCGGUGAACUUCCUUCUGCUGGGCGUUUUCACCAUUUCUCUGGCGUUUGUGGUUGGAUUGACCUGUGCAUUUACUAGCGGCAAGGUGAUUCUUGAAUCUGUGAUCCUGACAACCGUGAUUGUCCUGAGUCUCACUCUGUACACAUUCUGGGCUGCCAGGAGAGGCCACGAUUUUCACUUCCUUGGACCCUUCUUGUUUGGUGCUGUCAUAGUUCUCAUUGUUUUUGCUUUGAUCCAGAUACUCUUCCCAUUGGGUAGGAUAUCAGUAAUGAUUUAUGGGUGCUUGGCCUCGAUCAUAUUUUGCGGCUACAUCAUAUAUGACACCGACAACCUGAUUAAGCGCUUCUCUUAUGAUGAGUACAUUUGGGCUGCAGUAUCUCUGUAUUUGGAUGUCAUCAAUCUCUUCCUCUCUUUGCUUACUCUCUUCAGAGCUGUCCAAGGGUAAAAGGAGUACAGUUCGUCUACUGUGUCUGGAUCUUCUUUGACCAUGUGAAUUGUAUUCGCUCUAAUCUUCACUAGUUUUGGCUGGUGUACAUCUCAAAAUCCUGUUGUCAACAUGAUGGAAUUAUGUAAAUAGUCGAUUGAAUUUCUCCUUUGCUUGCAUAUUUUGUGUCCGUCUCUCUUUCAUUGUUUAU